CUGUAAUUAUACAGUAUUCUGCCUUCAUUAGAGCAGGCUGACCAGCUUAGGGAAAAACUAACAAUAUUUCAUUGCUGAACAACUUACCAAAGUUUAUUUCUUUGUUGAAGGCUUAAAUGUUGUCACACUUUAUCAAGUCAUUGAAUGUGACCGAAUAUUAUUUGACAUGUGAGUACAUUAAAAAAUGGACAUGCAGACCUUGCAAGAAGCCUUAAUGCCUCCCUGUGUGACUAGAGGGAACUUGAACAUGCCUCCACCUCAGUCAACGUCUGUUUAUUGGCCUUGCAGCCUCUUGGCAGUAACAGUAGACAGCGUAUGACACCCAAACAGUCCCCCCUCUGCCCCCACCUUUCACCUUUCUUGUUUAUGUUUUUGUCGCAGUAGUCCAGUGGACAGCUGUGGUCAGGUCCUGAGUCAUCAUAACACUACACUGGUCAGAGCUGUUGUCUGUGGCCCGUGUGGGCCAUUGCCAGGGCAGAUAUACCAGGCCAGGUCUGAUUGAAACCGCUGAGCUCAGGAUUCUGGAAAGACCUGGGCAGUUAGCAUAGUGGAACAGCGCAGUUAGGGUAGUGGAACUUAACAUAGCAUAACAAGCCUGCUGGGACGACUGGCAGUGAUGUAAUGCUUGGCUGAUCUAGUGUAUGAGAGGAAAACAAGCUGGUGUGAAGCAUCUGUCUUUUCAGUGAAGACAAGCUGCAGGCAAAGAGAGAGCGUGAGAGCUGUGCAAGAGCUUUAGGAUGGCCAGUGAAAGCUCUACCAUUCCAAGCCCUGUGGUGCGUCAGAUCGACAAGCAGUUCCUGAUCUGUAGCAUAUGCCUGGAUCGCUACGACAACCCCAAGGUCCUCCCUUGCCUCCACACCUUCUGUGAAAGGUGCCUGCAGAACUACAUCCCGGCCCACAGCCUGACGCUGUCGUGCCCUGUGUGCCGCCAGACAUCCAUCCUGCCAGAGAAAGGCGUGGCGGCCCUGCAGAGCAACUUCUUCAUCACCAACCUGAUGGAGGUGCUGAAGAGGAGCCCGGACAGCGGCCGAGGAGACGAGCACGCCGGACUGGACUCCAUUGAUGCCGUGGCCACAGGACAGCCACUCUCUUGCCCCAACCACGGAGGCAAUGUGAUGGAGUUUUACUGCCCACCAUGUGAGACAGCCAUGUGUGAGGAGUGCACUAGCGGAGAGCACGCAGAACAUGCUACAGUCCCGCUCAAAGACGUCUUGGAACAGCAUAAAGCCUCCCUGCAGGAGCAGCUAGAUGCAGUCAAAAAGAGACUUCCGGAGAUCGAUUCUGCCUUGCAGGUGCUAUCUGAGAUCCUGCAGCAGCUGACCAAUCAGAAGAGCACAAUUGAGGAAGACAUUCACGCCACCUUUGAUGAGCUGCAGAAGACACUCAAUGUGCGCAAGAGCGUCCUGCUUAUGGAGCUGGAGGUCAACUAUGGGCUCAAACAGAAAGUACUCCAGACGCAGCUGGCCUCUCUGCUACAGGGUCAGGACGGCAUGCGCAGCAGCUGCAGUUUCACCGAGCAGGCGCUGAGCCACGGCUCUGAGGCUGAGGUUCUGCUGGUGAAGAAGCAGAUGAGCGAGCGCCUUGGUGAACUUGCCAAUCAGGAUCUGCCGCUGCAGCCCGAGGAGAACGGCCAGCUGGAGUUUCUGGCUGAGACAGAGGGCCUGAGGAAGUCCAUCCACAACUUGGGCGCUAUUGUCACCACCAAUGCUGUCGCUGGAGAAACAGUAGCCACAGGCGAAGGCCUGAGGCACUGCACUGCUGGACGGCCCACCUCCAUCACCAUAACAACCAAGGAUAAGGAUGGCGGCCUGUGCCGGACAGGCGGAGCCCUGUUGACCGCUGAGCUGAUCGGGGGGGAAGACGGGGCCCCAGCUGGAGAUGGAGAACUCGUAGACCACAAGAAUGGCACUUACGAGUUCCUGUACACACUGCCUUGCGAGGGACGCUUCACACUCUCCCUAAAACUGUACGGACACCACAUCCGCGGGAGCCCAUUCAGCAUCCGUGCCACCAAAGCUGCUGACCCCUCAGCCAAUGCUGAUGGGGCCAAAAAGAGGCUGAAGUCACCAGGCAGUGGCCACGUCAAGCAGCGUGCCAUUAAACGGCCCGCCAGUAUGUACAGCUCAGGCAGGAGGAAGGAAAAUCCCAUCGAGGAUGACCUCAUGUUCCGAAUAGGGACUAAAGGAAGAAAUAAGGGAGAAUUCACCAAUCUGCAGGGAGUGGCAGCUUCCAAUUUUGGAAGAGUCUUAAUAGCAGACAGUAACAAUCAGUGUGUUCAGAUAUUUUCUAAUGAUGGGCAAUUCAGAAGUCGCUUCGGAGUGCGGGGCCGGUCGCCAGGGCAACUUCAGCGGCCCACUGGAGUUGCUGUGCACCCCAGCGGUGACAUCAUCAUUGCAGACUAUGAUAACAAAUGGGUCAGUAUUUUCUCCAGUGACGGCAAAUUUAAGACUAAGAUCGGCUCAGGGAAGCUUAUGGGUCCAAAAGGUGUGUCGGUUGACCGAAAUGGCCACAUCAUCGUGGUGGACAACAAAGCCUGCUGCGUAUUCAUCUUUCAGCCAAAUGGCAAACUCGUCACCAAGUUUGGCAACCGUGGUAACGGCGACAAACAGUUUGCAGGUCCUCAUUUUGCAGCAGUCAACCAGAAUAAUGAAAUCAUUGUAACUGAUUUCCAUAAUCAUUCUGUGAAGGUAUUUACUCCAGAGGGAGAGUUCUUGCUGAAGUUCGGCUCCAAUGGAGAGGGAAAUGGCCAAUUUAACGCCCCCACUGGAGUUGCAGUGGACGUCAAUGGCAAUAUCAUAGUAGCUGACUGGGGCAACAGCAGGAUACAGGUGUUUGACGGUAGUGGCUCAUUCCUUUCCUACAUUAACACCUCAGCUGACCCACUCUAUGGCCCGCAGGGACUGGCCCUCACCUCCGAUGGCCACGUGGUGGUGGCUGACUCGGGGAACCACUGUUUCAAAGUCUAUCGUUAUCUCCAAUAGGACUGUCCCUGUCCCCUUAUCCUUCACUGCCCGAAAAACAGACAUUUGCACUCAUCUUCCAGGACAGUGACGCCUCUCUCUGUGCCAUACAACACCCUCAGGUCACGGCACCUCUUCCCUUGGCACCUGUUCUUUUUGAUCACUAAGAUUUGAAACAGCCUUUAUACUACAUGUCCCUUGAUUUGGAUGGCACACAUGGAGGGAGCUGUCAGCAUGUGGAUGUCUUGAGUUGAUCCUGGGAGCUGAUACUGAAGGAGUGCUUGGUAGAAUGCUGUUUUGGAGUUUUGGAGAAAGGUAAACAAGAGUUUGAGCUUUGAGGCUGAUUACUGGUAGAGCCAGUAACAUUUUCAGUGAUUCUUCGAAUAGUUCACA